AACAAUCCAUUUGGUUCAAAUUUGGGCUUUUUAUAUAUGGGCCACGUUUUUGAAGAAUGAGCCCAAAGAAAAAUGGUUUCAUGCCUUCUUAGGUUUCUUGCACGUGUCUGCAACAAAACCCCAAUUUGCUUGCCAUUGGGUUUUUGGGUUUCUCUCAGUAUAUCUCUAAUACAGUGCUGUACUUGAUGAUAUCUGGGUCUCAACUCUUAUUUUCUCAAGUUCGUUUUUAGGCGAAGUAAGUCCUGUUUAUACAAGGAGAAGAUUGAGUUGUUUUUGUAAUAAAGUUUUCAUCUUUUUGUUGCCAAGAGAAGAAAAACAGAGAUUUUUAUAGUGUUAGAAAAUGCAGCAUAUCAGGAGAUGCAGUGGUCCUUUGAGAUCUCAAAAAGGGUUGUCGUUAUUUUUGGGGAGAAAAAUUCUUAAGGAAGUAUCUGAUGUGGGUUUGGCGGCCUUUUCAACACCCAUGGUUGCACAAAGAGGUGCACUUGGUAAUUCAGUCACUAGGUCGCCAAAGUCAGAUUACGUGAGACAUUUUAGUGCCAAUGCCAACCAUUUGACUAAGGACAUACUUCGGCAUAAUGGUAUCCCUGCUAUCUAUGGAGGUCAGCCUAAUAGAGAAUACUUGGUUAGCCUUAGGUCAUCCUUUCAAAUCAUGGAAACCCAUGGGGAAAGCACCAUUAAUAUUUGCUUUGCUAGAUCUUUCGCAUCGAAAGCUUCAAAGAAAGAGACGCAUAAACAAUCUGAGACCAAAAAAGACGUAUCUACUGUUGAGGAUCCUUUUGAUGCUCCAACAUACAAUAUCCCAGAGAAGCCUGUGACGUUUACAGAAGGUGCUUCCUACAGCAUUAUAAUUCUUGCAGGACUUGCUGUUGCAGCUGCUGCGGCUUAUGCUGUUUUUAAGGAGCUGAUAUUUGAACCAAAAGAGUACAAGAUCUUUAACAAGGCUCUGAAAAGGAUUCAAGAUGACAGUCAGGUCAGAGUGAGAAUUGGAUCUCCUAUUACGGGUUAUGGUCAGGAAAGUAGAAAUCGUGCUGCUCGCCAACGUAUUCCCAAUAGGAUCUUUACUGAUGAAGAUGGUGUGGAGCAUGUCCAGAUCAAUUUCUAUAUUCGUGGGCCGCAUGGUGCUGGGAAGGUUUCUGCUGAAAUGUUCAAAGACAAAGUGGACAAGCAGUGGAAGUAUACAUAUCUAAUUGUGGAGGUCAUGCAACCUUCGCGAUCCCAAUUGAUUCUGGAGUCAUAUAUGCCAGCGCCAGUGGCCACGUAAAACAUGUACACAAAUUUGCACCAAAAACUUUCGGGUUUGAGGCAAAGGAGAAAAAAGAGUUAGCGAGACAGGAAAAGUAGAGACGCGGAUAGCAUUUAAAUAGAGACAGCUAGAAUUUGUCCGAUAGUAUUCUGGAAAAAUAAAUAAGAGAUGGAAGCAGAGACGGUGGAGAGGACAAAAAAAGAGGAAGAGUCAACGCUUUUGUAGUGUAUUGCAAAGCGCAAACCAUAAAACAAUUUUUCAUUUAUCUUAAUUGAAUAUUUCUAGUCUCAGAAGCUCUCAA